UGGCCCGCGCGACACGCGCCGACCCGGACCCUAUGCGGUGAUUCGCGCGGCGCAGGCGCCUCCUGCCCCGCCGGCGGGGCCGGGGUUUACCGCGGCGGGAUGUUCUCCCGAAGGAGCCAUGGAGAUGUGAAGAAGUCCACCCAGAAGGUGCUGGACCCCAAGAAGGACGUACUGACGCGCCUGAAGCACCUGCGGGCGCUGCUGGAUAAUGUGGAUGCAAGUGAUCUUAAGCAGUUUUUUGAGACCAACUACUCUCAGAUAUAUUUCAUCUUCUAUGAAAAUUUUAUAACACUGGAAAAUAGUUUGAAAUUGAAAGGGAAUAAGUCACAAAGGGAGGAGCUGGACUCCAUCCUCUUUCUUUUUGAAAAAAUACUGCAAUUUCUACCUGAACGAAUUUUCUUUCGAUGGCAUUACCAGAGUAUAGGCUCAACUUUAAAGAAGCUUCUACACACUGGAAAUUCUGUUAAGAUAAGAUGUGAAGGAAUCAGGCUAUUUCUUCUGUGGCUUCAGGCACUUCAGACAAACUGUGCAGAAGAGCAGGUGCUGAUUUUUGCUUGCCUCGUGCCUGGUUUCCCAGCGAUCAUGUCAUCCAGAGGGCCCUGUACGCUGGAGACACUCAUCAAUCCUAGCCCUAGUGUGGCUGAUGCGAAGAUAUAUCCAGAAGAAAUCACUCCACUCCUACCAGCCGUAUCAGGGGAAAAGAUCGCUGAGGACCAAACAUGCUUUUUUCUUCAAAUACUGUUGAAAUAUAUGGUUAUUCAGGCUGCAAGCUUGGAGUGGAAGAAUAAGGAGAAUCAAGAUACUGGUUUUAAAUUUCUUCUUACAUUGUUUCAAAAGUAUUAUCUUCCUCAUUUAUUUCCAUCAUUUACUAAGUUAACAAACAUCUACAAACCUGUACUUGACAUCCCCCAUUUGAGACCAAAGCCAGUGUACAUUACUACAGCUCGAGACAAUGAAAACAUUUACAGUACAAAAAUUCCAUACAUGGCAGCUCGCGUUGUUUUUAUUAAAUGGAUUGUAACUUUCUUUUUGGAAAAAAAGUAUCUAACUACAACCCAAAACACUAAAAAUGCAGUUGAUGUACUGCCCAAAAUCAUACAGACUGUUGGUGGUGGUGUGGGGCAAGAGAGGGUGCCGGCAGAGCUGGAUGGCGGCGGGCCUGCAGAGCAGGACAAAAACCAUUCCAACAGCAGCACCUUGUCCGACCGAAGACUCAGCAACUCCAGCCUUUGUAGCAUUGAAGAAGAGCACCGCACUGUGUAUGAAAUGGUGCAGCGGAUUCUCUUGUCAACACGAGGUUAUGUCAACUUUGUGAAUGAAGUCUUUCGUCAGGCAUUUUUGUUGCCUUCCUGUGACAUAGCUGUAACAAGGAAGGUAGUUCAAGUGUACAGAAAGUGGAUCCUCCAGGACAAACCUGUGUUCAUGGAAGAACCAGAUAAGAAAGAAGCUGCCCAAGAAGAUGCUGAAAAAUUAGGAUUUUCAGAGACUGACAGCAAAGAGACGCUGAUGGUGGCGUGGAUCCGAGCAAACCUCUGUGUGUACAUUUCCCGAGAGCUCUGGGAUGACUUCCUUGGCGUGCUGUCCUCCCUCACGGAAUGGGAAGAACUCAUAAAUGAGUGGGCCAACAUCAUGGACUCCUUGACAGCAGUGCUCGCGAAAACGGUUUACGGAGUUGAGAUGACAAACCUACCUCUGGACAAAUUAAGUGAACAAAAGGAAAAGAAGCAGCGAGGCAAAGGCUGUGUUCUAGAUUCUCAGAAAGGAACCACUGUGGGGAGAUCCUUUUCUCUCAGCUGGCGGAGCCACCCAGAUGUGACCGAGCCAAUGCGAUCUAGGAGUGCCACCACAUCUGGGGCGCCAGGAGUUGAGAAAGCAAGAAAUAUCGUUCGCCAGAAAGCAACGGAAGUGGAAGAAUGUCAGCAGUCAGAAAAUGCACCUGCCGCCGAAUCUGGCUGCCUGGUGGCAGAGCAGCCGCACAUCAUGCGGAGUAGCAGCACGCCUGACGUCAUGGAGCCGCCGUGCUCAGACUCUCCACAGGGUCAAAAGGUAGAAAAUGUACAGACUUUGAGUUCUUCAGAGUCUAAGCCUGUUCAAGAAAACAAAGGACAUGUGAAGAAAGAACAUGAAGGAAUAACAAUCUUAGUUCGAAGAAGCAGCAGCCCUGCUGAAUUGGAUUUAAAAGAUGAUUUGCAGCAGACGCAAGGAAAAUGUAAGGAAACACAGAAGAGUGAAGGUAUCAGCAGUGACACAGCUCUAGGCUAUAACAAUGAGGCAGAGCUGUCCAUGAGCCCAUGGCCAACCUGUGAGGAAGACCCAGAACUGAACACUCCCACAGAUGGUGUGACUGACUCCGAUGCCCGCCAUUGGUUACAACUGAGUCCCACCGAUGCUUCGAACUUAACAGAUAGCAGUGAGUGCCUUGCCGAUGACUGUAGUAUAAUUGCUGGAGGGAACCUCACUGGUUGGCACCCAGACUCUGCUGCUGUGUUAUGGCGAAGAAUCUUGGGAAUCCUCGGGGAUGUGAAUAAUAUCCAGUCACCCAAGAUUCACGCCAAAGUGUUUGGCUAUCUCUAUGAACUCUGGUACAAACUAGCAAAGAUACGGGAUAAUCUGGCAAUAAGCCUGGAUAACCAGUCUUCUCCGUCUCCACCGGUCCUGAUCCCACCACUCAGAAUGUUUGCAUCAUGGCUAUUUAAGGCGACAGCGUUGCCAAAUGAAUAUAAGGAAGGCAAACUACAAGCCUACAGACUGAUCUGUGCCAUGAUGACCAGACGCCAGGAUGUUCUGCCAAACUCGGACUUCCUGGUGCAUUUUUACCUUGUGAUGCACCUGGGAUUAACCAGCGAGGAUCAGGAUAUCUUAAACACCAUUGUAAGGCACUGUCCACCCCGCUUCUUCUCCCUGGGUUUGCCUGGCUUCUCAAUGCUGGUGGGGGACUUCAUCACGGCCGCUGCCAGGGUCCUCAGUACAGACACGCCAGCGGUGAGUAUGACAAUGCUCAGCAUCCAAACUCCCAGGAGGCUUCACAAUCAGCUGCUAAUGAAGAUUUAUCAAUGUGAAAAUGAGGAAAUUCUUGUAAAAUGUCCAGCACAUAGGGAAUACUCAUUUUCUAACAAAAUCGUGGCUCAGGUGGCCUGUGAUGUUCUUCAGUUGCUGGUUUCCUACUGGGAAAAGCUUCAGAUGUUUGAAACCUCUCUGCCUCGGAAAAUUGCAGAAAUCCUUGUGGCCACAAUUGCUUUUCUUUUACCAAGUGCAGAGUACUCCUCAGUGGAAACAGAUAAAAAGUUUAUCGUGUCCUUGCUACUCUGCCUCUUGGACUGGUGCAUGGCAUUGCCAGUGAGCACCCUUCUCCGCCCAGUGUCCACGGCGGCCCUGGAGGGGCAGCACUCAUCCAGAGCCCCUUUGCUGGACUAUAUCUAUAGGGUUCUGCACUGCUGUGUUUGUGGCUCAAGCACAUACACCCAACAGAGUCACUACACACUGACCCUGGCCGACCUGUCCUCCCCGGAUUACGAUCCUUUCCUGCCACUGGCAAAUGUGAAAAAUUCGGAGCCAGUCCAGUAUCAUUCAUCAGCAGAUUUGGGCAACCUGCUCACAGUUGAAGAGGCUGAAUUUUGUAUUGAGGACCUAUAUUUUUCAGACCUGUGAGACCCACAGAAAAAGGCUCAUUUCUAUCCUAGAGGAACUUUACGUGUAACUGGAGAGACAGGAUUAAUGCAAGAGGACUCAUUUGUGGACCAGUAGCACCAUGGGGGCUUCCCUUGGGCAAGGACCUAAGCCAGACUUAGAAGGAUGGGCAGACUUUGAAAGGAUCUCGUGGAGGGUUGCAGACUAGGAGAACAUUAUAGAGAGGUGGGGAUUUACAUGCCACAGUUUGAGGAUCACUCUGCUGAUGGCAGAGGGUCCGUUUUAGAAUAUAUGGGUAUUGUCAGGAUUAGGAACUGCUGCUGUAUGUCUUCCUCAACCUCCCUUCUUCCUGAAAGGAUAAGAGCCUAUCUCUGGGCCUUGAAAUGUGAGUCCAAAGGUAGGUAUAUCACCUGUACAUAUGAAAUAAUUGCAUAGAACCAAACACACACACACAUAGUGCAUGUGAAAUGAGUAAACUCUGAAUAUUGAUGAAUCAUAUCAAAUGUACCAUAUCAUAUCAAGAUACCAAUCAAAAUUUCCUGAUUGUGAUACUGUACUAAAGCUAUGCUAUGUAAGAUAUUACCAGGGGGAUGAAGGAUAUUUGGGAUCUGUCUGUAUUAUUUCUUACAAGUGCAUGUGAAUCUUCUAUUGUCUCAAAAGUUAAAAAAAAUGUGGGUGUGGAGUGUUGAAUCAUCCAUGAAAAUGUUAGACUUAGCAAGUUAAAACCUAGGCCCAAGGGUGGAACCUUGGGAGUAAAAACACGUUAAAGAAAAAGGAAUGAGGGGGGCGCCU